AACUUCCAGCAGGCUAUGCCAGAGAGGCCUCCCUUACCCACCCAGUGCUUAUCCGCUGAAGACAUCUUUGCCCUGCACGGCUUCUCCAAUGGCACCCGGAUCACCAGCGCCGACUUCCCCAGCAUCUGCCCGGCUGUUCUGCAGCAGCUGACCUUCCACCCCUGCGAGGCCAAGCCUAGGCUCUCGUCCAAGCCCAGCCUGUCACAAGUGUGGGGCUACGGGCUUCUCUCCGUCACCAUCAUCAACCUGGCCUCGCUGCUCGGCCUGGUGCUGACCCCGCUCCUCAAGAAGUCCUACUUCCCGAAGAUCCUGACCUACUUCGUGGGGCUGGCUAUCGGGACGCUGUUCUCCAACGCCAUUUUCCAGCUCAUCCCAGAGGCAUUUGGAUUCAAUCCCAAAGUCGACAGCUACAUCGAGAAGGCAGUGGCUGUGUUUGGAGGAUUUUACAUGCUUUUCUUUUUUGAGAGAACGCUUAAGAUGUUGCUGAAGACCUACGGGCAGAGCGAUCACACCCACUUCGGAAAAGACGACUUCGGGCUCCCGGACAAAACGCAGCAGCCCAAAGCACUGCCUGCCGCCAACGGGGGGAUGUGCUACACCAACCCCACCAUCACGGAGUCCAACGGGCAGGUGCACUUCGACGGCGUCAGCGUGGCGUCCCUGCAGGAGAGCAAACGGGAGUCCAGUGCGAGUGGCUGCCUGAAAGGGCCCAAGCUGUCGGAAAUCGGCACAAUCGCCUGGAUGAUCACGCUCUGCGAUGCCCUCCACAACUUCAUCGACGGCCUGGCCAUCGGGGCGUCGUGCACACUGUCGCUCCUGCAGGGCCUCAGCACGUCCAUAGCCAUCUUGUGUGAGGAGUUUCCCCAUGAGCUAGGGGAUUUCGUGAUCCUGCUGAACGCGGGCAUGAGCACGCGGCAGGCCUUGCUGUUCAACUUCCUCUCCGCCUGCUCCUGCUACGUGGGGCUGGCUUUUGGCAUCCUGGUGGGCAACAAUUUUGCCCCGAACAUCAUAUUUGCGCUGGCUGGGGGCAUGUUCCUCUACAUUUCCCUGGCGGAUAUGUUCCCCGAGAUGAACGACAUGCUGAGGGAGAAGGUGACAGGGAGGAAGACAGAUUUCACCUUCUUCCUGAUCCAGAACGCAGGGAUGCUGACGGGAUUCGCGGCCAUCCUGCUCAUCACCUUGUACGCGGGGGACAUCGAGCUGGAGUGACGGGCCGUGGGCAGCCCGGUCCUGAGUGAAGGCAUUUCACAAGCGAAAACAUCUCCAGAGGGAUUUUUAGGCUUACUUAGUUAGAAGAUGCUUACGAUUUUAAGUGUAGGUCAAGAAAACUGAUUAUUGGCUUCAGAUCCGUGAAAGUGACUGUUAUUUGUUGUUAAAAUGUUUUGAAAGGUGUUGAGUUCCGGUCUGAAAUGCCUGGGGUAUGAGGUUUCUGGGAAAUGCCCAGUUUCCCACGUCUCAUUCAUGUUAGGAUAUCGCCAGGAAGCCAGACACAUGCAUUUUAUAGUCAUGUUGACAUCGAGACCCCAGGGGAAAUUCAAGAUAGGUUAUUCGCGGCUUUAAAACUCAGUAAGGUCAGUUUCAAGCGGUUUCAGUGGUUUUCUUUCAGUUAAUUUGUUCUAGUGCUUCAAGAGCAGGUACAAAAACAAUGUGGAAGAGAAGCAAAACACAACACAGAUAUAAAUGAUUCCAUGGCGCCUGUGAACCCAAGGAAGAAAGAUGGUGCACAGCCUGGGUUCUGAUUUAGAUGUCCAUCAGGAACCUGUAACACUGUGUUAGAAGCCUUCCAAAAUAAUUCAAACUAAGGAAUCAAUAAAGACUCGGUAGCCCUUUAGGUUUGGGCUCACAGGGUCACCUGUAAGUCGGCCCCACCAGACUCCAGCAAAGGCUAGUGCUGCCAGGGUACAGGCCCCCAGCCUGCAGUGGGUCCACCUUGGCACAGUGAGGAGUGGGAGAGAGGCCACUUUCGGGGACUGGGAUCUGCUCUGUGACGGGGAAGAAUAUGUUGGCUUGGAGGAAGAAACUGAAUGUAAUUUUAAGUGAUUUACUUUUGAAGGUGAACGUAAUUAUUGGCAGAGAAUAUUUUAAUAAGUGCAAACAACAGCUGGGCUGCUGAGUGGUAAGGACCAAAGGAGCAGGGAGCACACAGUUCCUGUGGGGACCGAGGGAUGUUCAGAGAAGGCGUCUCCUGGGACCAAUCUACCUUUCUGCAUGUGGUAAACUUUGGGGAAAAGAUUCAGCACCCCUGGGCUAUCUUUCUACUCUUUCUGGAAGGUGGAGCCUGUUUACCCAGAUAAUAGAAAAUGAGUCCAAAA